CAUCUACUGGGGAUUAGAAACUGGAACGAGGGCAAAUCGUUUGGGGUGGGGGAAAUGUUGUCCUGGUUCCCUCCUCCCUCAAAGCCCAACUGGAGUGAUGGGGGACGGGCCGACAACACAUUUCUAUCCUUGGAGGUUUCAGAGUAACAGCCGUGUUAGUCUGUAUUCGCAAAAAGAAAAGGAGGACUUGUGGCACCUUAGAGACUAACCAAUUUAUUUGAGCAUAAGCUUUCGUGAGCUACAGCUCACUUCAUCGGAUGCAGGAUAUCCUUGGAGGAUAGACAAAAGAGCCAGCUUCUGACCUCAGACAGGUGUAAAUGCAAAGUAACUUCAUUUAAAUCCCUGGAGGUAUUUCGGCCUGAGUCUCUGGUCCAGCAAGGGGUUCCGUGGGGGUUGACUCUGCACCACGAAGAACAGUUUGUAGAUUGCAUCGGAAGACGUGGGGCUUUUUUUACCCACAAAAGCUUAUGACCAAAUAAAUCGGUUAGUUUUUAAGGUGUCAGUGGAGUCCUUGUUUUUGUGGAUACAGACUAACACGGCAACCCCUCUGAACGUUUGUAAGUUGGGACUUAUAGCAAAGUCACUUGGCCUCAAAGUUUUUGUGGGCCUAGCUUUGUUGGGUAGGAGUUUGACAAUAAGAGGUGUGCCAGCAGAAACUCCAGUGUCGGUGCUGUGAGGCCAGCAAAAACCUCCUUUUUGCUGGUCUGGUUGAUUUUGUUUGGGGAACUGGUAUACGCUAUAAACAAACUCUUUUGCCAGCAUUAGCGACAGGCAAACCCUUUCUAGUGUAGACAAGACCUUAAUGUCUAUAACUUUCAGCCUGUCGUUUCUAAUGCGAGAAUCAAAAUCACUCGCAUGAAGGUCAGUGACUGUUAGAAUAACCCCUAGGUUUUGUCCCCUGUUUACUACACUGAGUAGAGUUAUUUAUUGCAGUACUCUCGGUUUUCUCAGUGCUUCGCAAGGUCCCUGCCUCAAGAAGUUUCUGAGCUGAAGCUCAAGUACUGCAAAUGCACGUUUGCACGUGUGAGGUUACGUUCAGUCGCACUGCUCACUCGCAAUAGCAUCUGCGGGGUUGGGACCUUAUCCUGAAAGCCUUUACCUUGUGCAAAUCGUCCCCAGAACUUCAGUGGGCUUGUCGUUAUCAUUAAUUUUGACUGAUGUGCAAUUGCUCCAGCUGGGGGCCUUCCAGACACUUAGCAAGGGUGGCCUGUGCACUGUGACCCUGGCUCUUGAAGGUCAGAGCAGGAGAAGGAUCUCAAGGAACUGUUAUGAGGGCAAUUUAGGAGAAACAUAAGCGGUAGGAGAGAAAAGUAGCUGAGAAUGGGGUUAUGUAGAGGCUUAAAGGUGAGGACAGGUAGCUUGAACAUGAUAUGGAAGGCUAGAGGGAAAAUUGGGUGAGAUUCAGAGAGGGGAGUGAUGUGAUCAGAACAUUGUGGGAGGAAGCAAGGUGACUUUUGGCAGUAUUUUGUGUGAACUGGAUGGGGGAGCAAGGGGGAAAAGCAGGAAGACCAAAGAGGAGGAAAUCUCAGUAGCUAAGGACGGAUCCUUGAUGUGGCAGUUCCUAUGUAGGUGGGAUGAGGGCCUGGCUAGGGAACGAGGAGAAAGGGUGGAUUGUGAUUUCUGCAGUCACAAACCUUUUUGCAAAGUAAAAUAAAUAAAUUAAAGCUUUUAAAAAUGUGAAGUGCUGAAUGUGACCGUUUCCCUUCGUCCUUGAAUGAUGCAGAGAGAACCAAGGCAGAUAAGCUUGUCUUUAGACUCAGUAAAGGGGCCAUUUAAUUUCUGAGGGGAGAGUUUGAGUGUUAGAUAUGCCACGUAAUACAUUUUGACAGCUGAGAUUGCGUUAUUUUGCUUUUCCUUUUUUCCCCUUGAGUGAGUCUCUAACUCUCGGCGAGACCUUCUAUUAGGCAGACAAUGAAAGGAGAAUAGAGAAGGAAUAACUGAAAUAAGAUAUGCAAAUGUCCUCUGUUGUUGAAACCAUAGUCAUAAAUUCGUGUCUGCAUCUGCGGCUUAAAUAUUGUUCUUUGCCUAUAAUCAGAUUAGGCCAUUAUUAUUAAUGGGACAAUUACUAUAGCUAGAAGCCGCAAACUCCAUCCUAUGUGAAUUGUUAAGAAGUCUUUGUAAAACUUUGAUUCCUAUUCCUGUGGCCUCAAUACAGUACAACACUUAACAGCCCUUGAAGUCAAUGGGACAUAACCAUGUGCUUAAUUGCUUUGCUAAAUGAGGGCCUGACUAAAUUAGCAGCAUAUAGUGGAAGGAAAACAGAUAUAAUUUUACUUCAGUGUACAGUAUUGGUGCCUGAUUCGAAGCCCAUUAAAGUCAAUGGCAGUCUAUCUAAAAUAGGUGAAAGGUAGCAUUUGAUCCUUAGUUAAGUUUUAUAUAAAGAAUUUGCUGGAUCUCAAUCACAGUCAUUCACUUGACAAAGAAGCUGACGAUCCUUAUUUUGCUGUAGCCCAGUGGUGUCAUGGAGACAUUGACUGAUCAGGCUGUGCUCGGCGUCCAGAAUUACUUGGAGCGGGCGGCACAGAAUCUCAGACCUGUCACUCCCAUCAAGUUCUAUGUCUCCAGCCGAACGGACACCGGUGUCCAUGCUCUCUGCAACUCCGCUCACCUAGACAUCCAGAGAGCCGCCGGGAAGCCGCCUCUCCCUGAGAGCGUUAUUGUCUCCGCCCUCAAUUACCACUUGAAACCCGAACCAAUCCGCAUUCUGAGUGCCUAUCGGGUGUCUGAUAACUUCCACGCACGCUUCUCUGCACUGUCAAGAACCUAUGUUUAUCGGCUGGUGACAGGCUGCUCUCACCAUUCCCAAAUACCGGUGUUUGAAAGGGAUCUGUGCUGGGCUCCGAAGGGAGACCAUUUGAACGUUCCUGCCAUGCAGGAAGCAGCGGGUUCCCUCCUAGGGACCCAUGACUUCAGCACCUUCCGCUCAGUCAGCUCUGAAAAGCCUUUCAAAUCUCCCAUUAAAACCCUGGCCCAGGCAGACAUCCGACCCUCUUCUGGCUUCAUGUCACAUCACUAUGAAUACAGGGGGCUGCAGUUCUGGGAGCUAGAAUUCAAGAGCAGAUCAUUCCUCUAUAGGCAGGUACGAAGGAUGGCAGGGGCUCUGGUAGCAGUUGGCCAAGGCAGGCUGGCUCCUUAUCGCAUAAAGGAACUAUUAGAGAUCAGAGACCCGCUGGCUUAUCCACUAAACACCAUGGCUCCGGCAGCUGGACUCUUCCUGAAAUCUGUGGAGUACGACGAAGCUGACUUGGAGACAGAAGGUAACGCAGCAAAAUAGCGGCCCUGUGAGACGUGCAGCCGUGCCUGAAAGAACUCGGUUGGUGGGGGCCGUGUUGCGGAGAUUUCCGGAACUCGCUUUGUAUGCUGAUACGCGGCCGGGUCUCAAUAAACCCCAUUGAUUGUGGCUAGAGGCAUCUCCACGUCAUUUGUCCACGUGCCUAGAGGCUGCCCGGGUGGAAGGAUUGGUAACUCUGGGCGACGGACAGCCGGUUGGUUUGCAGAUUCUAGGCUACUUGGGUCAUACCACUGGCUACGCACUCACAUACUGUCUUCCCCUUGCCUCCUGCCUCCUCCAACAUACAGGGAAGGGACCUGUGUGUGGAGGGGCGUCACUUCCCCAAGGCACAGACAGAAUGGGGUCAGACCACGGUAGGCAAACCUUUGUCUCCUCUCUACCCCUAUUCUUUGUAAUCCCUGUCCUCUUGCAGACCAGCAGGAGACACAGUCGUUUAUGUAUGGAUCAUGAAGGCCCAACUUGAAUCGCGGGAUGAUUGUCAAAUAAUCGCAGCUGAGCUGCAGACAAGACAUGGAAAAUUGCAGAAGAAUAAUUAAUUGUGGUCAUUUGGAAAAGCCAGAGAAGACCUAUUUGUUUAAGAAAAGUUUGCUAGAACAAGUAUUAUGUUAUGCUCGCAAAUUUUUUUGAUAAUCUGACAUUUUGCUGCAAGUGUAUUACAGUUAUUAAUGCGCAGUGCUGACAGUGGGAGACCCAGCCGCCCGGGGCCGACAGCGGGGCAGCCCAGCUGCCAAGGGCCAGGGACUAGCAGCCGGGAGCUCCUGCUGUCAGCUGCCUGGCUGACAAAAUUGCGGUGGAAGCUGAGUUUGAUGAUGAUACAAGAGGCAGAUCAGAAUCCAGCUUGCUCUUGGAUCACUUCAGCAUGUGAGCUGGGGCUGCGGAUUGUUUUCUGCUCUCAUCAGUGCACAAAGCACACGUGAAUCGACACAGGAGCGUGUCGGGAUGGAGAACACACGGGUGCCUUUUUUUUUUUUUUUUAAUUAAACAGGAUCAUUUUUUGUGACACUUAAACCUUAAGUUUAGCCUAUUUUAUGACUAGGUCUGAUACAAUCAGCAUCAUAUUGUGUGUUAAUUGGCCUGGCUUGUGAAUGGCACCGUCCUUGAGUGGGACUCUGUUUGCAAAGGCCCAUGCCUCAGGCAGUUGAGCAUUGACUUCACUGAGAGCUAAAAGUCAGACCGAGGUGUGCUGGAGGCUGGCCUGUUUUGCUGCGCAUAUUAUGCAACAGUUCAUUUUUGUGGCAAAAGUUUUCGGCAGAGAGACUGAAACAAGAGUUAUUCUUAUAUAACAUCUUGUUCUGCCUUUUGCUUUCUCUCUUUUAAAGCUUUGUGGUGUCUUAUGGCUUGGUUGGUGAAAACUUCAGUGUCUUGUGGUUCUUCCCAAACGAAAGCAAACGUAUCGCUCAGUGAAACACUAGUGCAUGGCCGGGUCCUGCUGCAAAAAUCAUCCUUAGUGCACAAAGAAAGUGCCUAAUGUCAACUUUAUUAAUUAGCCCUUCCUCCUUAUGUGCUGGUGUUGCAGUUAUUGAGAAGGACCGGUGCAACUGGCCAGAGAGAGGGUCAGAUUGUCAGUGACUGUGGGGGGUGGUUUUUCCCCCCACCUUCCUCUGCGGUGUGUGGAUACAGGUGACCUGCCAAGAUUAUCAGGGUCUAUCUCACUUACUCAUUUCCCCGGCAUUUGCAGCGACUCUGGGCAUCGGUGCAUCUUAGUCCCUCCCAUUCUCUGCCUGUGGCACAAAGUCUAGGUUCCUGAGGGCUGUAUAUUUGGUUUCCUUUUGAUUGCUGGGUGGUGGUGGUGGCUUGUGAUAUACAGGAAAUGAGACUGAACUCUAAGACCUGGUGAUAAGCUAUCUCCUUGGCUGCAGAGCUGGUGUUCAGACCCCUACAGUCUGCUCCUCAAGGUAAGAAGGUGCUUUUUGUUACUGGGGGGAUACUAGAUACCCAGUAACCUAUUCAGACAAAUGAAAAAUCCCAUUUAAUACUUAGUUGCAAGACUGUACAAUGUGCAUUAACUCUUUGACAGCAGGGUUGUGAGUUUGUGAUGGCAAAAUGAAGUAUUUCAUCCCCUUACUGUUGCCAGUAGCAGGUUUAUCAGUGGAACCACUUCUUCCACCCGCUGAAGGAGAGGUAAGAAUUUUCCACUUUAUUCUCUCCCUUCGUGCCUAGCGGGUUGGUUCCUACUCACUUUCUAAUCCCAGUUGCACAAGGGUGAGUUGGGAGCUGCAUUCUUAGCACUAAGGCAAUUCCAAGGAGCCCUGGAAAAUGCCACACAGUCGGGAAGGUUAACAUCGGUGUCUCAGUAGGGGUGGUGCUGACUGCAUCUGCUUGUAUAGCUUUGGCCUCACCCUGUCAUUAUCCUAGAGACUGGACAUAUUGCAGAACAGUUAAGGGACCAGCUGUCAUGGUGCUUUAGACUCACCUGGGUAUCUGAGCUCCACAUAGAUACAGACACACAGGAAAUCUGAUGCUAUAGAUCAAAUUUAGGCAACUGUUUCCCUGGAAAGGAGUUGACCAGUGGCCUAAACCUUCCCACCUCAUUGCCAUUUCUCCCUACCAGGAAAAGCAUUGGUUAAAAUACAGAAAAAAUCACAAGUGGAAUGAAUCUGAUUUAGGCUCAGGCUAAAGUCAAGUACUAGCCCAUGAUUUGGAAGCAUUCGCAUUCUCUGCUAAGGAGAGACCAAGGGCUGUGUAGUAGCUCAGGUGCCAGUCACAGUUGUGAACUAACGUGGGACUGUGCCUUUCACGAGCUGGUGCACGGAAAGAUUGCCUUUCACGAGCUGGUGCACGGAAAGAUUGCCUUUCACGAGCUGGUGCACGGAAAGACUGCCUUUCACGAGCUGGCAAAACUGAAACUCAUCUCAUUGUAGUUUCACGUGACACAUGCUGGGCAACGUUCUGUUCACCUACCAGCCGAUUCCGAGUAUGAACUGGAACUCUUGGCCUACCUCUGCACUUCCUGUGGUUUCUCUCUGCAGAGCAAGGUGGGAGGGUUUUGCUGUAUGCUUUGCAAUGUGACUUUAUUCUGGUGCUUCACUUCAGACAGGAGAGCUCAGCAUCAAGCCUCUGCUUUGUGAAGAGUCUUCACAGGAUCCAGUGUGUUCGCUGCAUUUUUCGCGUGAGAUAAAAUGGCCUGGGGCUGGUGGGCUUACUGAGCGUAGAAGCUUUAGCUACAUUUUUAACCAGAACUGGGUGAUGUAACAACUCGAGUUCUCACAGAGAGCUCCUGGAGCUUUGGACUUGCUCAUCUUUGGAAAGAAGAGACUGAUCUAGGCUAUCCCCACAGAACUUGUUCUCCUGCAGCAGAAAGCAUGGAAAACACUUCGUGUACCUUGGCCAGGGGACACUCUAAUGCAACACUAGUUGAAGCAGACUUCCAGUACCAUCUCUUCACUGUCAUCUACAGCAUUGUCUUUGUACUGGGACUGCUAGAAAACGUCUUAGCUCUCUACCUUUUGACCUGCAAUGUCAAGCACACCUCGCACUCCAUCUACCUCAUCAACCUGGCUGUAGCAGAUACCUUGUUUGUGUGUAUAUUGCCCUUUAAAAUCCAUUACCACCUGAACCAGAACAAUUGGAUCUUUGGAGACAUGGCUUGUAGGAUCACCGGGACCUUGUACUACAUCAACAUCUACCUGAGCAUUGCCUUCUUCACCUGCAUUUGCAUGGAUCGUUACAUUGCCGUGCUGCACCCCUUCACCUACAUCCGGAUUAAAGUCACCCACUACAUGACAGUGGUCACCAGCUUUUGGCUCACUGCUGCAAGCAUCACGAUCCCGCUUAUCCUUGGGGGGCCCCUUCACAACAAGGGCACAGGGAACAAGACUGCCUGCUUUGAGAACUUCUCGCUGACCAGCUGGACCCAUCGCAUGUUGCCCUACAAUGUCUGUGCCUUGCUGUUCGGCUUUGUCAUCCCGUUUGCCAUCAUCCUCAUCAGCUACCCUCUCGUCGCCAAGCGGAUCAACCACACCAGACACAGCAUUCACAAGAAGAAGGCCUUGAGGACCAUUUACCUCAUCCUGCUCAUCUGCAUCCUAUGCUUCCUUCCCUAUCAUCUCACUCACCUACUCCACUUCCUGAUGAGGGUCCAGCUCAUCCAAAGUUGCCUGUUUACCAACUUAAUUUACAAAAUGCGCCGGGUCACUUUGGCCCUCGUCAGUUUCAACUGCUGCCUGAAUCCCAUCCUAUACUACUUCACGUCUUCCAGCAAGCCAUGGCGGCUUGGCCUCAAGUUCAGAUCCCGAUCCAAGGUUUACACCAUCUGUGACAGAAAAUUCAGUGACUAUCCUUAUUAAAGCAAGCCAGCAGUGAGACCACCAACACAGCAAUUGAAUGAAUUGUCUUUUUAAAACAAGGUCAGUAAGUUCUCCACCUGAACUCUGAGGAGGAGUAUUCAGGUGCUGGAUACACAUACUCGUUAGGGCAGGGACUAUGAAUUGAAUUUGUUGGUGGUGUCAGUCCACUUCCUAGGAGACCAGAGUCUGUUACAACCCCUGCCCCCCUCCAAAAGUCUGUUAAUUGGCAAGGGUGGGCUCAGCGGACAACAAGAAGAUUAAAGACACAAGAGUUUUUCCCCCCUCAGCUCUAAAAACUGAAGUCCUAUUUAUACACAACACAGGCACAUCUGCUAAAGGGUGUCAGGCAAUAUUUCUACUUCAAUGUUACUUACUAAGCAGUACCAAAAACAAUCCUUUGUUUGGAAAGUGGUGACAUUGUAUGAAAUAUUUGACAAAUUAUCCGAACCAGUGGACCUGCACCAGUAUCGUUUGGUAUACCGAAUACUUGACUGAGUCAUUCCAUCAUCUGCAGCCUUCUCUCAACUUUCUUAGGUAUCCUUUAUUUUAACUGCUAUCGAGGCAGACUGGGACUCAGAGGGCUAGUUCUAAUACCAGUUGCUUUGCAGGACAUUGGCUCAUGAUUGAAGCUCUGCCCAUCUAUAAAAUGGGAAUAACCAAGCACCUCCCUGUUGUCCCAUUAUUUGCUGAACACUGUAAAAGUUAGCUUUGCUUUCUACCUGAGGGAUGUUCUUCCUCUCAAUAAGAGACCCCUAGGGCAUACAGAAGCUCCUCAGCUAUUGUUCACAGCAGCAUAUGCAUAUGCGGUUAACUACUUAAAUAUCAUGCUUGUUUUAAUCCCUUGGGCCUACUUUUAAGUUCUAACCCCCUAUCAGUGUUAUGUACUGUUAAAAUUGACAGCUGAUCGUUUUGUUCACAAGCGGCGGAGUGAAUUAAAAUACUGUUAAGAGGAGCAUCUUCCUGUGAUGUUCUUAUGUAUGUUGAAAAAGCAAAGUGUUGUCAUCCAAAUGUUCUUUUUACUAUUACAAAAAUAAAUGUGAAGGGAAAGAC